AUGAGAAGCCGUGGUGCGGAAACGACAUCGCGGGCGAAAGACAUGCAUUUCUCCUAUGGGAUGCUUUUUGGUUCGAAUUCCCUUCCAGGAAUCGCAUCCACUAUGCGAAACGAGUUUCUCCCGUUGAUGCAGUGUCUUGAGCAGGGUAACGAUGUUCUUUGCAAAACAUAUAUAGUUGAGCUUGCCCUCACGCUUUCACGCUUCGAUGCCUUAUUGAAGGAAGAGGAGCGGCGCGCGUUUGUGUGCGCGUUUGACGCUCUUGUGCGACGUCUCCUGAAAGAUCUUCAUCAUUUUAUGGAGGUUGAGUCGCUCCUUAAUCAGGAUGUGGUGAUGCUUGUGGAACUAUUGGAGCGCUCUCGCUGGGUGGACCAUCUGUGCGGCUGUCGCGCGCUCACUUGUACGGCAGAUGAGGCCGCUGGGACAUUGAAAGAAGCGCGGAGCACCACAUCUAACCCUUCAGCAGUUGGCCUUCUUGCGCCGCGACUGAAGGCCCAGCCAGGCGCAUUCGAUUCAUCGGAGGCGUGUGGACCUAACUGCUUAUCCGAGUUGCGACAGCUUUUUCAGAGUGAUGUGGGUCGUCAGAUGCACCCGGCGUGUUUCUUGCCAGCUUCAGGUGCAUGCAGUACAAGCGGCAACGAGAAUACUACAAACCAUUUUUCAAGCUCUGCCAGUCAUUUACCGCACCUUCUCCAGUCACAGGCAUUAGCUGGAACGACUCUACUACGGAACCUUAGUGGUAAACAAGGACUUUGGUGGCGUGAGGGGUUCCGCAGUUUCUUGGAGGGUCACAUCUCAAAAGAUGACAUCACCGCUUUGAUGAACCUGCUAUGCCCGGGAGGAGGUAACACAAAGGAAACCAUGCAGCCGGUUGGUGAUGCUCAGAAAGAUGUGAUGCCCCACACGUUCACAAAAUUAACCCGCAUGAGUGGAAAUAGCAAGGAGGCCAGCUCCAGUUAUGUGACUCCUGGGGACACCAUGGUACAAAAACGCACAAUGCAGAAUGCGGAAGAUACUGAAAACGUCUCCAGAGACUCUGAUGGAAAUAAAGGGGAUGAAACAGUAAUGGCCUCUGCAUCAUUGAAAGUCGCUUCCGGAGGUUGUUUAAUGAAUCAGACUGCAGUUUUUUUAAACAUGUUGGUAGAAGGACUCCUUUUUGGUGGCCCCUCCUCCGUUUCUUCACUGAACAGCUCCUUUGGAAGUGUAGAAGAGGCGGAGCAAAACAGUACCGUGAUAGAUGCCGCCAAUGAACCCUGCUGCAGUGAACCAAUGCAGCAAGGAGAUGUGUUUGGGCGCUUUAUCACCUUACCAUCCACUGCGGCACUUAGUUUACUGUCAAAAUUAUUCCCAUCCCUUCGUAACUAUGCAGAGGACCUACGAAAACUGGCUGGGGGUUUAACGGAGACGACUGAUGGGAGCAUUGCCAGUGGCAACUGUGCUUUGACCACAGCGUUUGAUCUCGCACGCCGUACACAAAGUGGUAGUCAACGACCAAAGGGAGUGCAGGCAAGUGCCACUAGCCCCGGCGUGUUUGGUGAUAACGCUGUGGAAACUUUGCAUGCUGCCACAACGUUAUCUAUUAUGGCAGACGCCACCGGGGUCGUGCGUCCCACCGAUGUGGUGCUUUACUUGCUUCUUCGGUCUCUCCAGCGUGUAGAGGACAACUCUGUCGGCUCCUUUGCGAGUCGUUCCUUAUCUGUUGGGGAAACAGAUCGACCAACACCAAAAAUGUCUUCUAUGGAACCCGCCGCGGCCACCUCACAGCAUCAGUCGCAAGGGCAUGUAAGUGUGCCAGCUAUUCCACGUCGACUUGGGGCAGAGUUGGAACUUAUGAUUAAACAAGUGCAGGAGUAUAUUUCCAGUGCACAGUUUAUGCAGCAACAAAUACGGGAGGAAGUGACUCUUCUUGUUUUCCGAGUGAUCAGCACGACAGUAGAGUUACUUAUUCCCGCAGUACAGUUUGUGGACCCGCGUGUGACAAUAUUCUAUCGCAAAUGGCUUUGUGACAUGUACAGGCUUUUGUGGGAAGAAGAUCUUUUUGAGCGUUUUUUGGCUAUUUUGUCCAGCUCUUUGCCCUCGCUGUCCAACCAAAAUGUGGCUUUGAAACCACCCUCAUUGUCGCCGGCUCAUCAAGCAACACAGCGCCGCGGGGGAUCGAAGCGCUCGUUAAGAAAAAGCGGCUCAGUAGGAAACGCAGCAACACUAACGACGGGGGGAGCAACGAACAAGGACACAAGUAACCUGUUGUCUGAAAAAGAGAGUGAGAGUGUCCUUUUUAACGACACACCGAACGAGAAACGAGAGGAUGUAUCUGAGUGGAUUGCGCCUGGAAACGCAUACUCCCGGACCGCACGCGCGUUUGUUGAUAGCAGUUCAGAGGCACCGUCGCUCGACUCCACCCUGGCUGCUAUUCCGUCUAAAUUGCUUGGUCCCAAUUUGGCCUCGAUAGAUGUUGGGCUUCAGGGGUUUGGACUUUUUGGUGAUCCAACCGUCUUCAUAGCGGAGUCGUUGCUGGAAGAAAAUGUGGAAGAAGCCCCACCGUUUCGUGGUUUUAUUGUGACGCGUCUUAUGGCUGCCCUCCUGCGUGAUGGCGGCACUGACAAAAUGCGUCAUCUUGCCCUUGCAUCCGAACGAUCCGUACGAGGUACCGGGGUUGCAGCGGCAUCCCUAAACGACUCUCAUUCCACGACUGUGCGAAAGACUGUUCCUGCAGUGAAAAACGCGCGGGGAUCAACGCGCAGGAAGAAUCCUUCGCCAUAUUUAUUUUCAACAACAACGAAGUUGUUGCAGACGACACCUGAAACAAAAACUACGGUGCUACAACAACCCUCUUCUACGCCGUAUCCUGUCGUAAGUAGUCUCAAUGAUGUAAAGGCGCUUUACGAUUCUGUGCUUGAAGAUGCUGAAAUGACGCUUUCGCCGCUUGAUCCGAUUCGAGCUGCCCUUGUACAGAACGUAGUGGACUUUCUCGUUUCUGGAAUGCGGCUACCAAGGGAAGCCUAUGAGCUGCUGGAUGCCUACUUGGAUGAUGUGCGCAUUGAGCCGAUUCAGCCUCCCGCCACUAGACGUGUGGUUUUGGACGGCACACCAGAGACCGUGCGGGGCGGUAGUGAGUAUCCGUUGCCGGUGUUGGAUUCACCUUUCUCCGUCACCACGGUGCGGCGCGCGAGGCAGCUUCCUUUGGAUGGCCCUGCCGGGAUCGGGGGAAAAACGCACACACCCCACUCGAGUCACUUCGCCCAAUCGAGGCGCAGUGGUCCAGUAGAUAAGGACGCCAAUGCCGCCAAUUUGAGGUUUCCGUUGAUUCCCAAAGUGAUCCCGUCGUGGAAUACGCAGGAAGAGACUGAACAGUUUUUGAUGAUUCUGGCGCUGCUGCGGCGCGAGCAUAUUGUUCUCCGCGCGGAGCUGGGUCUUGCGCCGCCGGCACUUUGUAAGGAAUCCAGAGAUGCAUCAUCCAAGUGA